AAUCGUGGAGAGAGCCAGAGUAUAUUGUUGAGCUCCGUACAUACGUCCGUGUACUGUUAUUUGCCGAUCGCUCCGCGAAUUGCCCAAGAAUUUGUGUUGCAUUCAAAAGUGCAUCCAUCCUCUCUUUGUAAAUCACAUGUGAUCUCGGGGGGGAUUCGAUAUUUCGUCGAAAUUGAAACAUGGAACAAUCAACGGGAGAGUUCUUAAACUACCAUACAUCUGAUCUGAUCUUGGAACACAGAUCCAAUGUAUCCAACACCACAUCGAAUGGAGGAGAUUCCGAAAGCCAUCCAGAAUCAAACUACCCUCAUAAAGGUCUGGCACCUUCGGAGGGCGAUCUUGCUCAAUGCACAUGUCAAUCCAAGUUCCUUCAAGACUAUCAUAUGGGUAAUGUGAUCGGGGGUGGCGGAUUUGGCAUGGUCUAUGCCGGGAUACGAACCCGGGACGGCUUGCCGGUGGCCAUCAAAGAGGUGGACAAAUCCAGAGUGCUCACGUGGAGUCAAAAGGGCUCCAAAGUGGUUCCCCUGGAGAUCAGUUUAUUACAAGAGGUGGAAGAUCUCCCGGGAGUGAUAUCCCUCCUGAAUGUGUAUGAGUGUUCACAGAUUUACAUCCUUGUCAUGGAACGACCCGAGCCCUGUCAAGACCUGUUUGACUUCAUAUCCAACGAAGGAUCCUUAUCCGAGAGCCUGGCCCAAAACUUCUUCCACCAAAUCGUCGACAUUCUCCGCAGCUGCCAUCGUCGGGGCGUUUUCCAUGGCGAUGUCAAGGACGAAAACAUCAUUGUGGAUCUUCGCAGUCUGAAGCUGAAACUGAUCGACUUUGGGUCGGGCCAAUGGCUACAAAACACGCCCUACAAAACAUUUGGAGGCACCUCGGUGUACGCUCCGCCCGAGUGGAUCCUUCACGGCCAAUAUCGGGCUGAUUCGGCCACGGUUUGGAGUCUCGGGGUGCUCCUCUACGAUAUGGUAUUCGGAAACAUCCCGUUCGAUUCCGACCAGAAGAUCUGCCGAGGACAAAUCACGUUUCCGAAGACGAUUUCCUCCGAGCUUCAGGACUUGAUACGUCGGACCUUACAUCUGGUGCCAUCGUGCCGCAUUUCCUUCGAAGAGCUCCAACUUCACCCGUGGAUGAAUCAGACCCGAAUGAAGUCUCCGGGCACGGAUCUCCGCGUGGAAUUUCCGUCCUCUCUUGACUCGACUUGCUCCGAAAGAUCGGCGGGGUUCGGAUCUUGCUAACCCACACCUUCCCUGUGAAAAAAAACCCUCCGCCUAAAAACGCCAUUCUAUCCCCUUCAAUGGGUGACAUCUUUCACAAUAAAAAGAAACUUGAGCAGGU